CACAACUCUAAACCUUAAGUUUAGAUUAGUUAAAUCUAGAGGUAUAAAUGUUUUUUUUAUUUUGAUUAGUGUAAACAUGAAAAUUGGUAAUAUGAAUGUGGUAUUUGUGGCAAUCUAUCUAAUACUAAAAGGGUUAUAUGAGGAGUAGAGAGGCUAUCCACGUCAGCAAUUAAUUCAAGCCAAUAAAAACGUUUUGUUCUGCCACGUCAUAACAGACUCAAGUCGACAAGUAUGAAAAUCUGAUAACAUCUCUGGGCUAAUAAUAAUUUUCAGUAGCCCACUUGAACCCCAUCUCAAAGAAACCUAAACUCUGAUAACAAACAAUAAUUAUCACACACAACCCACACUCCCUUAUUCAAUUAUUUUAUUAAUUCAUUCCUUGAUGGUUUCGUUUCAACUUCCUCUGUUUCUCCUCCUUUAUAAUUGAAUGACGGCGACGUAGUUCACCUUAAAGUAGGCCAGAUUUUUCCGGAUCCGUGACAAAGCGUCGGUGAGGGAUUCAGGUCGCGCCAUGGAGCUCCGAUCGACGAGCUCUGCCCAUGGGCGGCGUUGUGAUAAGCCGUCGCGGAUAGAGGUGGAUAGGCAUGAGAAGAAGGUAUGGAAGGCGGGAGUGUUGAUUGGUGGCUGAGAUUGAACAGCUUGCUGAUUGGUGACAGGGAGCAGUAGUGGAGUGGACAUGGCGGUGGCGCGUAAGGUUAGGUAUGAAUGAUUUGGGCGAGAGGUUUGGAUCUUAAGAUUGGAAAACAAAGAAGUGCAACUGGUGGAUCAGAUCUGAGAGAGAAGCCAUGAAAGAAGAAUAGAAGAGAGGUGGUGAAUGUGAGCGUGCGAGGAAAGGGUGUGAUGAGGAUGAUGUCUGUGUGAGAGAGAGAAAAAAAAGCCAAAGAAUGUUCUGUCUCAGUACAUAAGGUUGCGCCAGCCAAUACCUUCAAGUCACGGGUUUGACAUUUCAGUUUGCCUUUUUUUUGGAGAUCCUUAUACCUCGAUCAAUUUUAUUAUUUUGUUAAUCAAACUAGACAUGGCAAAUUAAAUACCAAACCAAAUUACAAAAGUAAACCAAAAAUAUGAAUAACUAUUUUUAUAUUUCUAACAUCCAAAAUAUUUGGAGUUAAAAAUCAAAUGAAUACUAAAAAUAUAUAAUUUAGAUUUAAAACUAUUUUAAAACUAAAAUAUUUAAUUUACCUAUUUUCAAAUUAUUUGGUGUAUUUAAAAUAAUUGAAAUAAUCUGAUUUAUCUCUCUUUUUAUUUGAACCAUCCAAACUAUUCAAUAUUUAUAAAAUAUAUCAAAUAUAUCUAAAUUAUUAUUUAUGAAGUGAUUUUUGACAUUCGAGCUCUCAUAUUAAAAGUUAGAGUGACUAAUGUCUAUGUUACUCUUAAUAAAUAAUUAAUACUAUCUAUUAUGUUAGACAUUGUCAAAAAAUAAAAACAUAUUUAAAAAUAGAGAAAAUGACUAGGAUAGCAUUAAAAUUUUUUUUGUCACAAAUAUAGCCUCUAAGAAUAAAAAUGACCAAAAUAGCACUUAAUGUUAUAUCAAAAGAGAUAAAUAUACACUUAUAUCUCAAUGGUAAAUUAAUUUAGACAUUAAGAUUUAGAGUUAAGGGGUGGAGUUUAGAGUUUAGGUUUUAGGGUUUAGAGUUGAAGAAUGGGGUUUUGGGGAUAAGAUUUCAAAUUUUGAAAAAAAAAAAGAAAAAAAAAUGCUAUUUUGGUCAUUUUAGUUUUGAGAGCUAUUUUUGUGACAUAAACUUAGAAAUGUCCUAUUUUGGAGAUUUGCCCUUAAAAAUAAAAAUAUAAUUAUUCUAUAUACUGUGUUAUUAUCAAGGCAAUCCGGUUUUGGUUUCGCUGGGCUAUAUCUCUUUUAUGUGGAUGCAUUGUGAUAAGGGGAUUCAUUCAAAUUUUAAAGUUUUGGGCAAGCAAAUCCAUCUCUCUGAACCUGAAAGCAACAAGGUUAGAUCCUCAUGUCCCUUCUUUCAUAGAUUAGUCAACACAUUCUAUUGAAAGUGAUGUAAUCAACAUUACAGUCCGAAGUAUUUAGGAGUUGAAUAAAUCGACUUCAAUAAAUUGUGUAGUUAUGAGUUAGCUAAGCUAUGAUCCCAACCAAAAGAUGAACUCAAGGCGAAUUUAACCUAUUCAUCGGAAUAAAACCAUCAAAACAAAUCAAAGCUAUAGAAAAACAAAAAUCUCUCCAAACAUCUUUCUAUUUUUUAUUCAUGUCUUAAUAAUUUUUUAUAUUACGUCUUCAAAUUAAUUUUUCCGUCAAAGUCUAUCCUCAUCAAUUAAUUCAUAAACUGAAAAAACCGGUGUACAACAUAUAAUAAAAUCUUAAUUAAAAUAAACAAUGAAAUUUGAUUUUUUCAUAGCUAAUCAUCUAAAAUUAAAAUAUUUAAAAGCAUUUUCCGCGCGUAGCGCGGACAAAGACUCUAGUUUACGUAAAGAUAAUAACAAUAUAUAUAUCUUGAAACUAUACGACGAUAAAAAGAGAGCUUAUAGAGGAGGGGAGGCCGAUUAGGGUUUGAUCGACAAUGGAUCAGCAAGAAGAAACAAUCGAACAAAUCAACAAAAAAAAAAGAAUACAAUCAACAUCCUCUUUUCCUCUCGAUCUAAUCUCAGAGAUACUCUCAAAGUUGCCUGCGAAAUCUGUUGGCAGGUUUCGUUGUGUUUCAAAGCUCUGGUCAUCAAUCACCACCGCUCCGUACUUCAUCAACAAGUUCGAAACUCAAUCCAGACAAAAGAAGCCAAGUCUUCUUGUCACCUUCAAAAAAGGUGACAAGUUGUUUGCUUUCUCGAUUCCACAAAACCGCCAGUCUUCAAACGAACCUCAUACAAUUCCUUCUCAGCCUGUUCACAGUUAUCAUAUGACAUACCCUAAAUCACGUCGCUUCUUUCCUAGAGCAUCGGUCCACGGCUUGAUCUGCUGCUUUCAAAAAGCAAAAAAACUCAUAAUCUGGAACCCUACAACGAGAAAGUUUUACACCCUAACCAAACCCGAAAAAAGAUGGAGGAAGUAUGCAACAUUCUUAUUAGGAUAUGAUCCAACUGAUGCUAAAUACAAAGUUUUGUGCAUUCGUUUUUGUGACACCACUGACGAGGGUUGUGUUUUAACAUUGGGAUCAGCUCAAGAAUCAUGGAGAAGGAUCAAAACCAACCAUAAGCAUUAUGUUAACACUUACCCUGCCUAUGUAUGCACUAACGGCUUUAUUUAUUAUACAGCAUAUACUGACAAGACAGAUAGAGUUGGCUUUAUAAUGAGCUUUGAUGUCAGAUCUGAAAAGUUCCGUAUGAUAAAAUAUCCGUGGAAUACUUUUUGGUAUUUUUCUGUACUCAUAUAUCAGGGAACGCUCGCUUGUCUUAGAAGUAAUAUUCCAGGUCAUACCAUGACAUUGUGGAUUUUACAGGACGCAGAGAAACAUGUUUGGUCUCCUAAAGACUUUCUUGUGCCUUUUCAUUACUAUGAUCAGAGUUUGAAACUAGUUUGCAACUUAAUUGGUAUCACGGAUGCAGGCGAGAUUGUUUAUAUACCAGAAAAGUGUUACAAAUCGUUUUAUGUUAUAUAUUAUGAUUCGGAGAGAAACAAGUUCCACAGAGUUGAGUAUAAAGGAAUCGCAGACGAUGAAUCAAGGCUCAAGAAUGGACUUGUAAGAAGUCGUCUGUUUAAUAUCCCUAUUGUCAGGAAUCACAUGGAGAGUCUCAUGUCUUUUUAACACUUGGAACAAUUCCUGUUUUUUUUUCUUUUGUAGAAUGACGCUUAAUUUAUGCAAUUUCUUGAUUUAUCGUA